AUGACAUGGAAAGAAAAAAGUGCAAUUUGUACAAAUGAUUCCAUCAGUCAUGUUGGGUGUGGGGAAAGUGAGAAACCAUAUCACUGUGAUGCUACAUUCUCUCAAUGUAGUAAAUUAACAAUCCAUAAAAGUGUUCACACAGGUGAGAAUCCACACCACCAUGAACUUUGUAGUAAAACAUUUUCUCGCAAAGAGCAUUUGACACUACAUAAAUGUAUUUAUUCAGGUGAAAAGCCUUGUCGCUAUGGUAUUUGUGGGAAUGUCUCACCAGUGAUACAUCAAGGAAGGAAGGAAGGAAUGAAAAAAUAUGAAAGACUGAAGAAUGAUAUUAUGUUAUGUAGUCGGUUACAUCACCAUUAG